AUGAGCGCCAGCGGCCCCGCGGCCUCCGCGGACGGCCCCGCGCUGCCGCCAGCGCCGCCGGGGCCCGGCCCGGGGCCCGCGCCGCCCGCGCCCGCCGCCGCCGCCCGGGACGCCAUGGACGGGCGCGCGGAGCCGCCCGCCUUCCCCCGCGCCGCGGCCCCGCCGCUGGCGGCCAGCGACACGGUGCCCGCGGCGCCGGAGGCUGCCGGAGCGGCCCGGCCCGGCCCGCCGCCGCGCCCCACCUCCUUCUCGGUGCUGGACAUCCUGGACCCCAACAAGUUCAACAGCAGAAGACGCCGCUGCGUGCUGCUGGGCCCCCUGGCCCCCGCCGCCUGCGCCCCCUGCGCCCCCGCGCCCGCCGCCCCCGGACGCCCGCCGCGCGCGGAGGAGCCGGAGCGCCGCGCCCUCGCCGGCGCCGCAGGACCCGGAGCGGCCCCCGGAGCCGAGCCGCCGCGCGCCGGCGACCCCUUCCAGGCGGACGAGGCCGAGGCCGACGGCUACAGCAGCGGAGGCGGCCGCAGCCCGAGCGCCGGCAGCGGGGACGAGGCGCCCGACCCGGAGGACGAGGACGAGGCGCCCGCGGCGGGGGACGCGCGGGGCGGCGGCGGCCUCGGGGCCCGCGGGUCGGGCUGCCCCGGCGCGGCCGAGGGCGACGCGCCCCCCGGCGCCGCGGACGACAUGGCGCUGCCCGGGCCUCGCGAGGGCUCGCCCGGAGCCGCGGGCCCGCCGGGGACGGCGGCGGCGCCUGGGGGCGCGGGGACGGCCCCGCCGGGCGCGGCGGCCAAGCCCAAGCGGAAGCGCACGGGCGCCGACCCCAAGUCCGGGAAGCCGCGGCGCGCGCGCACCGCCUUCACCUACGAGCAGCUCGUGGCGCUGGAGAACAAGUUCAAGGCCACGCGCUACCUGUCGGUGUGCGAGCGCCUCAACCUGGCGCUGUCGCUCAGCCUCACCGAGACGCAGGUGAAGAUCUGGUUCCAGAACCGCCGCACCAAGUGGAAGAAGCAGAACCCGGGCGCCGACACGAGCGCGCCGACCGGCGGCGGCGGGGCCGCGGGGCCCGGCGCGGGGCCCGGCGCGGGGCUGCCCGGCGGCCUCAGCCCGCUCAGCCCGUCGCCGCCCAUGGGCGCGCCGCUCGCCAUGCACGGCCCGGCCGGGUACCCGGCGCACGGCCCCGGCGGGCUGGUGUGCGCGGCGCAGCUGCCCUUCCUGCCGAGCCCCGCGGUGCUCUCGCCCUUCGUGCUGGGCUCGCAGCCCUACGGCGCCCCCGCCUUCUACGCGCCGCACCUCUGA